GCAGGGGAUCCUGCAUGCCCAGCUCACUGAAUAAUCGUGCUGUGCCCGGGUGCCAAACCCUCCCCGACCAGAUCUGUUUUGUCUCCUGCUAGGCUGAGUCACAUAGAAUAGAUAGAUAGUUUAUCAGCACAUGUCCUCCAGAUCAUAUUAUCCGCUUACAAAUAUAGCCUGUUAGCGCACAGGCACGGUAGCCCUUCCGCUGGGGGUGUUGCUCUGCGGGCGUAAACAGCAUCGAAAACGGAUUACAGCGUGGCGGCCACGACCGGGGACUGUCAGCGCCCACUCGCACAGGGAAGGUAACUUUAUGCUGCUCCCCAAAUGGGACACAAAGUGGUCGUGUUUGAUAUCUCUGUUGUCAGAGCCUUAUGGGAAACUCGUGUCAAGAAGCACAAGGCAUGGCAGAAGAAGGAGGCAGAAAGACUGGAGAAGAGUGCCCUGGAGAAGUACAUUUUGGAUAAAGGAGGAGUGGGACUUUGUGGCUGAGUGCAGGAGGAAGGGCGUGCCCCAGGCUGAGUACUGCAAGAACGGCUUCGUGGACACCAGCACAAGGCUCCUGGAAAAGAUAGAGAGGAACUCGACUGCCAGGCAGAGUGCACGAGUCAAGGACAGAGACAAACGGAGCAGUCCAUUUGUGUUUGAACUUUCAGGGACACAGUGGAAGGAGCUGCCUGAUUCGCUGAAGGAGCAGACACACCUCAAAGAAUGGUACAUUCACAGCACCCUCAUUCAGAUCAUUCCGACCUACAUCGAGCUGUUUCAAUCGAUGAAAAUUUUGGAUUUGCCAAAAAACCAAAUCACGUGCCUUCCAGCUGAAAUCGGUCGCUUGAAGAACCUGAAAGAACUCAAUGUGAGUUUCAACCAUUUGAGAAGUAUUCCCCCGGAGCUAGGAGACUGUGAGAAUCUAGAGAAACUGGACUGUUCUGGGAAUCUGGACCUGACGGAGCUCCCCUUUGAAUUAAGUAAUUUGAAGCAAGUUACAUUUGUGGAUAUCUCCGCGAACAAGUUCUCCAGUGUUCCGAUCUGUGUCCUGCGGAUGUGUCGUCUGCAGUGGCUGGAUAUCAGCAGCAAUAACCUGAGUGACCUGCCACAAGAUAUAGACAGGCUGGAAGAGCUACAAGGUUUUCUCCUGUAUAAAAACAAGCUGACCUACCUUCCUCAAGCCAUGCUCAACCUCAAAAAGCUCACCUUGCUGGUUGUCAGUGGGGAUCACCUGGUGGAGCUCCCGACCGCCCUCUGCGAUGCCUCCACGCCUUUGAAAUUUAUAAGCCUUAUGGACAAUCCCAUUGAUAAGACCCAAUGUCAAGACACUGAAGACACAGUAGAAAGUGAACAGGACCGCCAGCAUUUUGAUAAGGAAUUUAUGAAGGCAUAUAUUGAAGACCUGAAAGAAAGAGAAGCUGUUCCCAGUUACACCACCAAAGUGUCGUUCAGUCUUCAGCUUUGAUUCAGUCCACCAGCACCGGAAGACCACAAAAUCUUACUGCCCCGUGCUCUGAAUCUUUGUAUACGUGUUACCUCUCAUUGGAAUUGCAGCUUGUGCUUAAGGGACAAAGUCUAGAAACUACUGUCAUCACUGUUAAGAAAAGUAACAUUCAAAUUACUGAUAAAGUUGCUUAUAUAUUAAUGUUAGCACUUAUGCAUAUACUUGUUCUAAAUACUGCAUAUUUAAUAUUUUAGGAAACACAUCACUUAAAAAAUUAAAACAUACAGAACAAGUUUUGAAAUUGGAUGCAUUAUGUUCAGGAAUCAAGGGCUAGAGGGUUGUGGAUGAAAUAGAGAAUUUACCGCCUUGAAAAUGUUUCAGUAUACUGUUUAUUUUUAUUUUUAGAGAAUAACACUCCUUGAGCCUAAACAAGUUGCUAUUUCCACCUUUCAGAUUCAUUUUGGCAAGUAUGUUUCAAGCUGUACUUUGACUCUCAGGAGAGCCUGAAGGUCUACCUUGGGUCUGGAGGGCAGAAAGAAAGGCUGGUAUAGGUAGAGCAUCCGACAUUAGAUGCUCAGACAGCAUGAGCCUGGGAAGAUCUGAAUACUCUGCUUGGACUUGUCUUGGUCACCUGGUGGUCCUCACGGUCACCUGGUGGUCCUCAGACAAAGGGCCGAGGAGUGCCUUCAGGGCUCAUUGCUGUAGGUGCUGGGAAGAGUGUGGAGACCACACUGAUGGCUUCUACAUGGGAGUCACAGGAGGGCUCUGCCCACUGGAGGGCAGCUGUGGGCUGGCAGGAGCCCCUGGGAUGUUAAUGGCUCUCUUCUGGAGCUCUGUGUUCUUGAAGAACUGUAUAAAGCUUCUAUUUUUCUACUGGUAUCUUAGGCUAAAACAAACAGGAAGUGGCUGGCUGUUCUGAAGAGAAGAGGGAGAUACAAGUGUAUUACUUGUUUGUAUAUGAGUGUGCUCCUUCAGGAUGUAGCCCAGUGCAGCGCCCUCACAGUGGGGAGAACAUUCUGUGUCCGUGUUGUUAGAUGCUAGAGUCCAAGGAUGGAGCACGUAGUGUCUGACAAGCUUCAAAAACUAAAUGUAAUUUACUUAAAUAGUCACUUGUGGCUACCAUACUGCACAGCAAGGCCUAACCUCUUAGGUUGGGGUGGGAGGACAUUGUGAUUAAAAAACAAACAAAUGAAUAAACAAACAAAUGGAUAAACAAACAAACAAAUGGAUGGUUUUUACUUUUUUUUUAACCCGAAGAACUGAUUUGCUCUCAGAAUCAUAUAAUUUAAAAAAGGUUACCACAUAACACACAAUUAAAAAACAAACAAACAAAACCUAAAACAAAAGGGUUACUAAGGCUGGGACGGUGCUUAAAGCUGUUGCUACCCACAUCUAAAAACCUGGUGGCUCACCUGCAAUUCCAGUCUGGGUGCCCAGUACAAAUUCGCGAGCUGGCCAAGCCUACCGGAAGCUGUUGUUUUGAAUAGGAGAUUCAGACUCAGUAAAUAAAGUGGGAAGAUGCUAAAGGAUGAUCCAAACUCUGGUCUCUCCACGGACACACUCACACACACAGGUGCACCCCACACACAUGCAAAGACACUCAACACAUACCCACACUUACAGACAGUGGAAAGAAGAAAGACUGCUAUUGGUACUUCAGUACUUUCAUCUUUUGCCUGUCGCUAGUUUGAACUAGGCCCAAGCGUUUUUUUUAUCCUUGUCUCAGUAGAGCGUCACUUCAACAGAAAGCAAACUGUCCAGAGGUAGGCGAACGGACAAAGCGUCUUUCUUCCCAACACUGUUUCAAAUUGAUUAGUCCUAUUCGAAUGACUGUGGGAUUUUAUUCCAUACUCAAGUACACGCUUUAUAUCAAGAUAUGAAAACUAAAUGUGAAAAGAUGGAAGUAUAGAAUUUCACACAAAUAGACUGUUCAUAAUUUACGUAAGUUUUGUUUUAAUAAAACCUAGCCUUUGAG